AUGAAGCUGGAGGUCUUGGGCCCCCGCGCGGCCCACGGGGAGCAGCCCGCGAGCGAGCCGGAGGGCCCGGGCGGCGACGCGCCGUCUCCGCUGUCGGCCGCCGGCGAGGACUCGCUGGGCUCGGACGGGGACUGCGCGGCCAACAGCCCGGCGGCGGCGGGCGGGGCGCGGGGGAGCCGGGGCGGCGGGGGCGCGCGGGGCGCGGGCGGCGGCCCGGGCGCCCGGGAGGGGGGCCCGGCGGCGGCGGCGGGGCCCGGGGACGCCGAGGCCGGCGCGCCGGGGCCCGGCCCCGGGGGCGCGGGCGGCGGCGAGGGCGCGCGCAGCAAGCCGUACACGCGGCGGCCCAAGCCCCCGUACUCGUACAUCGCGCUCAUCGCCAUGGCCAUCCGGGACUCGGCGGGCGGGCGCCUGACGCUGGCCGAGAUCAACGAGUACCUCAUGGGCAAGUUCCCCUUCUUCCGCGGCAGCUACACCGGCUGGCGCAACUCCGUGCGCCACAACCUCUCGCUCAACGACUGCUUCGUCAAGGUGCUGCGCGACCCCUCGCGGCCCUGGGGCAAGGACAACUACUGGAUGCUCAACCCCAACAGCGAGUACACCUUCGCCGACGGGGUCUUCCGGCGCCGCCGCAAGCGCCUCAGCCACCGCGCGGCCGCCCCCGGCGCGGCGCUGCCCCCCGACGAGGCCGCCGCCCGCACCGCCGGCGCCGCCGGGCCGCCGCCGCCCGCGCCCGCCCCGGCCUCGCCCCGCGCGCGCUCGCCCGCCCGGCCCGAGGCCAGCGCCAGCCCGGCGGGCAAGUUCUCCAGCUCCUUCGCCAUCGACAGCAUCCUCAGCAAGCCCUUCCGCCGCCGCCGCGACGGGGACGCGGCCCCGGGGGCGCGCCUGCCGUGGGGCGCCCCGCCGCUGUACCCCGCUCUCCUCCCGGGCGCGCCCGGCGCGGCUCUGCUGCCGCUCUGCGCCUACGGGCCCGGCGAGCCGGCGCCGCCGCCCGCGCCGCCCCUCCUGCUCGCGCCCCUCGCGGCGGCCGCCCCGCUCAAGGCGUUCCGGGGCCCGGCGGCCGGCGGCGGCGCGCACCUGUACUGCCCCCUGCGGCUGCCCGGCGCCCCGCACGCCGCCCCGGCCCGCGGCCCCGGCCCGCACCUGCCGCUCUCGGUGGAGACGCUGCUGGCCUGA